AUGGAGGCUGCAGACCUUAUUACCCCUACCAUAAGUGGCCCCGUCAAACAGAAACUUCAGGCUAACGCUUUUGACGAUGGCUACCUUAUGAUGAACUCUUUGGCCAAUAUCUAUGCCCCGAAAGGGGACGCCGAAUUCAUGCGAUUGACCCGGGAGUACUACUCGCUCCGGUACGAAGAUUUCGACUCCAUGACUCACUAUCUUACCCACAUCAAGACGCUGGAGGAACGUAUUCGAGGGACCAAUGUGGUUCUUGACGAUGAUAAACAGACUCUUCUCUGUCUCGGCAUGACUCUCCCAGAAGGAUUUCAGUAUUUCACCAAAAUUUGGGCUAUAACGCCGGGGAUGACUGCCGAUAAAGCGAGGAAUAUGCUGCUAGAGGAGGAGAGACGUCAAAAGACCCUAGAUAUAGGUACUGUGGGCACUGGGGGAGUAGGGCUAGUUGCAAUAACCAGGCAUCCGAGUAAGAGGACUCCUAGCGGAAAGGCUAUCGUCAACGAUGUGGUAUGUCCUCGCUGUGGGAAGGGUCACGAAGCGGAUAUUUGUUGGAAGUUGCACCCGGAAUUAGCCCCGGAAUGGCUGCAAGAAAGGUGGACCAUUGAGAAGAGAUCUCGGAAGCGGAAAUGGGACGAGUUACAGCAGCAGGAUUAA